AUGGCACCGGAGCCCGAAGAUAUCAAGGACGAGAAGAACCCUAGACCCCUCGAUGAGGACGACAUCGCCCUCCUCAAAACCUAUGGAUUAGGGCCUUACUCUACUCAUAUUAAGAAGGCUGAGAAGGAAAUUAAGGAGAUGGCUAAAAAGGUCAAUGAUUUAUGUGGUAUUAAGGAGUCUGAUACUGGUCUAGCUGCUCCCAGCCAGUGGGAUCUUGUUUCGGAUAAGCAGAUGAUGCAGGAGGAGCAACCUCUGCAGGUGGCGAGGUGUACCAAGAUUAUCAGUCCCAAUUCUGAGGAUGCUAAAUAUGUCAUCAAUGUUAAGCAAAUUGCAAAGUUUGUAGUCGGCCUGGGUGACAAGGUUUCCCCAACAGAUAUAGAAGAAGGCAUGCGUGUCGGGGUUGAUCGAAACAAAUAUCAGAUUCAGAUUCCUUUGCCUCCGAAAAUUGAUCCAAGUGUGACCAUGAUGACGGUGGAAGAGAAGCCAGAUGUGACGUAUAACGAUGUCGGUGGAUGUAAGGAGCAGAUUGAGAAGAUGCGAGAAGUUGUUGAGCUACCCAUGCUUCACCCUGAGAAAUUUGUGAAGCUUGGAAUUGAUCCUCCUAAGGGUGUUCUCUGUUAUGGUCCUCCAGGGACUGGUAAAACACUUCUAGCUAGAGCUGUGGCUAACAGAACUGAUGCUUGUUUCAUUCGUGUUAUUGGGAGUGAACUUGUUCAGAAGUAUGUUGGUGAGGGGGCUAGGAUGGUGCGAGAGCUAUUUCAGAUGGCGCGCUCAAAAAAGGCAUGUAUUGUGUUUUUUGAUGAAGUUGAUGCCAUAGGAGGGGCUAGAUUUGAUGAUGGUGUGGGUGGAGACAAUGAGGUCCAGCGCACUAUGCUUGAAAUUGUGAAUCAGCUAGAUGGUUUUGAUGCACGUGGAAACAUCAAAGUCUUGAUGGCAACAAACAGGCCUGACACACUAGACCCAGCAUUGUUACGUCCUGGACGAUUGGAUCGUAAGGUUGAGUUUGGCCUCCCAGAUAUGGAGAGCAGGACACAGAUAUUUAAGAUCCAUACACGAACAAUGAAUUGUGAAAGAGAUGUUAGGUUUGAACUUCUCGCUCGGCUGUGCCCAAAUUCAACUGGAGCUGAUAUAAGAAGUGUAUGCACAGAAGCCGGAAUGUAUGCCAUUCGUGCACGAAGGAAGACAGUAACCGAAAAGGACUUCCUUGAUGCUGUGAAUAAGGUCAUUAAGGGUUACCAGAAGUUCAGCGCUACUCCCAAAUACAUGGUUUACAACUGAGCAUAUGAUGUUCUCUUCUAUUUCCUGAAGCCGUGAGACAGUGAUACAUUCUCAAAUGGAGAUGAAGAUGGUGUGUGCCAUGUUUCUCUUUUUAGGGUCAUUUUACCGACUUUGUGCCCGUCGUUUGAACGUUGUAUUUGUAUGUGUUAUCAAUUUAUCUGCACGCAUAUUUUACAAGAUCAAGCCUAUUGGUUCUGAACUUAGCUUUUGAUUCCCAAACCACAUUUGUCUUGAUGCUUGUCUAUCUCAAUCAUUGUGAA